UCUUACGAGACCCAGCAGGAGAAGGAGCACUGAGAGCAGCAUGGAGGAGAACAAAGAGACCCCCAGACCUCAGGAACGGAGAAGAAGAAAGCGAACCGGAUCUCACAUAUGUGACCAGUGUAACAAAUCCCUCACAACAUCUAAUUCUUUAAAGAAUCAUCAGCGCAUUCAUACUGGAGAGAAACCGUACAGCUGUGACCAGUGUGGGAAAACCUUUGCUCAGAAAAGCAGCCUUUCAACUCAUCAGCGCAUUCACACUGGAGAGAAACCACACAGCUGUGACCAGUGUGGGAAAACCUUUGCUAGGAAAAGCAACCUUUCAACUCAUCAGCGCAUUCACACUGGAGAGAAACCACACAGCUGUGAAAUGUGUGGGAAAACUUUUGCUCAGAAAAGCAGCCUUUCAACUCAUCAGCGCAUUCAUACUGGAGAGAAACCGUACAGCUGUGACCAGUGUGGGAAAACCUUUGCUCAGAAAAGCAGCCUUUCAACUCAUCAGCUCAUUCACACUGGAGAGAAACCACACAGCUGUGACCAGUGUGGGAAAACCUUUGCUCAGAAAAGCAGCCUUUCAACUCAUCAGCUCAUUCACACUGGAGAGAAACCACACAGCUGUGACCAGUGUGGGAAAACUUUUGCUCAGAAAAGCACCCUUUCAACUCAUCAGCUCAUUCACACUGGAGAGAAACCACACAGCUGUGAAGAGUGUGGAAAAACGUUCAUUUCAUCAAGUGAUCUCUCAGUCCAUCAUCGUAUUCACACAGGAGAGAAACCACACAGCUGUGAAGAGUGUGGAAAAACGUUCAUUUCAUCAAGUGGUCUCUCAGUCCAUCAUCGUAUUCACACUGGAGAGAAACCAUACAGCUGUGAAGAGUGUGGAAAAACGUUCACUUCAUCAAGUAGUCUCUCAGUCCAUCAUCGUAUUCACACAGGAGAGAAACCAUACUGGUGUGAAGAGUGUGGAAAAACGUUCAUUUCAUCAAGUCAUCUUCAGAGCCAUCAUCGUAUUCACACGGGAGAGAAACCAUACAGCUGUGAAGAGUGUGGAAAAACCUUUUCUCAUGGUAGUAGUCUUAAAGCCCACCAGCACACUCACUCUGCCUCCAUCUGAUCCUUUUCUGAGUCAAGCUAGCAUUCCUCCUGCUUUUCUCCAAAUGUAAAGCUGACCAACAGUGACUUUACGUUCUAAUAAACAUGUUUUUUAUGGACUACAUUCAGACCUCCCAAAACCCUGCUGUCCUCACACACUUAGCUCUAUAUGAGAGUGCUCUGGUUAAUGAAAAUGUU